AUGCCACCACAACAAUCCUCGUCAACGACAACAACAACCUCCUCCUCCAAGCUAACCUUCACCAAAAAGAACCAAAACAUGACCAAACUCCCAACAUACGCAAAAGUCCACAAACGCCCUAUCCCACACCCCGCCCCCCCAACGCCCUACACCGGCCCCUCGACCCCAAAAACCAUCUACGUCUCGACCUCGACCCCGAAAAUGAGUGUCGUAACGCGCGUCCGAAAACUCCUCCGCCAAGCCGAGAAGCGCGCGACGGCUGCCCUGCACAACAACGCCUCCAGCCACAAACACCGCGGACGGGCAGGCGCCGGAACUGGGGCCGGAUCGCAAGCGGAACUACUGGCGAAAGUGCAGGAGGCGUUGCGGCGGGAGGAGGUGCAUGUGAAGGCGACGGGGCGGGCGAUUGGCAAGGCUGUGGCGGUGGGGGAGUAUUUCCGGAGGCCGCCGACGGAGACGGAGGGGUAUAGGGUGGAGGUGAGGACGGGGGGCGUUAUGGUGGUGGAUGAUGUGGAGGUUGAUGAGGAGGCGAAGCAGAGGGUGCUAGAGCAGGCGGAGGUGUGGAGGCGGGAGGUGGAGAGUGGGGUUGAGGAAGGGAGUGGGCGGGUGUUGUCCAAGGCGGCUAUCAAGAAACGGAGGAGUCGGUUGAGGAAGAUGGGAGUAGUGGAUGGGCAGGGGAAGGAGGAUGAGAAGGUUGGGGACGUUGAGGAGGAGGAGGAGCAGGAGGAGGGGGAGGGUACUGGGGAAGCCGAGGAAGCAGAAGAGGAAGAGUUGCCGGAGUCGAGGACGAGGUGGGUCAACAUGGUUGAUGUUGUGAUUGGGCUGAAGGGCUGA